UAUACGUCUGUCACCUGAGACCUGAGUUUUCUGUCAGUUUAAUUGAUUGUAUAGAAUAUAUGUACGUUGUACAUAAUGUUACGUGAUAAUAACUGAUAUUCAAGCUUUCAUUCUAUUUUAGUAGAUUAGAUUUGGAUUUAUUUUCUGUAAAUAAAUCCUUAUUAUGACCAGUAUCAAAUUAGAAAAUUAAGAAGUUCCUUCCACUAUGGACCCAGAAGAACUAGAGUUUUUGAGAAAUUUAAAUAAAGAAGAAAGAAGAUGUGUUGUUCCUAGUUUAAUAAAAAAUUUGGAAGAAAGAAGUCUAGGGUGUUUGAAGAAAAACGUUUCAUCAAAAGAAUAUCGGGAACUUAUUGCUGAGGAGCUGCUUAUAGAAAAAGAAAAAUAUGAUGAGCUACGAUGUGAUAUUCCUGGAAUGCCAAGAUCAACAUUUCUCAUGGUAUUUAGUCCAGAUGGUACUAAAGUUGCCUCUACUCAUGGAAAUCAUAGUAUUUAUAUUACUGAUAUUCGAACUGGAAAGAAUCUGAACACACUUGUGGGACACCCUCGUACUCCAUGGUGCAUAGCUUUUCACCCCACCUCUAAUCAAAUUGUAGCUUCUGGUUGCUUAGGGGGUCAUGUUAGAAUAUGGGACCUAAGUGGUGGCAGUGAAUUGUGGAUAGCAACCCAACAAACUGUCAUUGCUUCCAUAGCAUUUCAUCCAAUAGAGAGGUUUCUGGUUAUUGCAACAUCCAAUGAAGUGCACUUCUGGGACUGGAGUGAACCAGAACCUUUCUGGCAUGUGUGUACUAGCAACAUAAAGGAAAAAGUACGUUAUGUAGCUUUCGACAAAUUGGGACAGAGGCUUAUAACAGGUAUCUCAAAUCACAGUAGAUGGGAAUAUGUGAGGUCCUCAGAACGUACAGCAGAAGUUCCAGUUCGACACUUGCAUCUACACCAUAUUGCAUCCAAUAGACCAGUUUUGAGAAGGGGAUUGUUUCCUGUAAGACCAAAUGCUGCUUCAAUGUCCUUUUCAAACAAUGUUACACGAGAAACUCGAUCCAGGGUUCCUGAAAGAGAGAGAAAUAUUACAAUGUCGUAUAGAAAUCUUGUGAGACAGUAUGGAAGAUUAGUACAAAGAUAUCUCCAACUAUAUAGACCUCCUGCUAUGAUUGAUAGAGGCACGGACCCAAUGGAAAAUACUGUUGCUACAAGUUCUAUGGCCACUAGUUCACAAGAAACACAAGUACAAGGAUAUAAUAGUUCAUUUGUAUCUGUUGCCUCAGGUUCUACAAGUACUAGCGUACAAGAGACACAAGUACAAGGAUCUAUUAGUUCAAUUGCAUCUGUUGCUUCAGGUUCCACGAGUAGCAGCGUACAAGAGACACAAAUACGAGAAUGUAAUAGUUUGGUUGCUUCAGGUCCAUCCUGUUCAACAGCUCACAGUCAGUCGGAAAAUUCUAGUCAAAGUAAUCGAAAUGUGGAAACGAGGCAGCAUAUAAAUAUUUCAAAUAAUCCCGUCUGCAGCUCUUCAGUAUCAAGAAAACAUAAGAUUGAUGCACCCCCUGAUAAUAACAUCCCUUCCAAAAAACCCAAGCCCAGUGAAAAUCAAAAUAGUUGUGAUUCCCCACCAAGGAGUAAUUCACCUCAACCAAGUACUUCCACAGUGACACAAUUCGUAGGUACAAAACGCCAGUAUGCAGAAUUGAUCAUAAAUCAAAUUAUAAAUGCAAAACUGGCUAGAAUGGCUAGAGAUAGAGCCAAUUCUGGAAUACAGGAAAAUUCAACACAACAAAGUGCUCAAAAUGAAGAACUUGCAGGAAAUGAAAUUGGAAAUUCAUCACAACAAAGUGCUCAGAAUGAAGAACUUGCAGGAAAUGAAAGUAGAAAUCAACAGGAAAAUGUAACAGAGCACUCUACUUCCACUUCACCAUCAUUGACCAAUGAAACUGAAGACGAUGAUAAUAAAUCUGAUCAAAGAUCAACAGGGGCUCCCCAAGAAGGUGAUGAUAAUUCAAGUGAGCGACUUGUAGGAAAUGUUACCCAAAAUCUUGUGUGUAAUACCGAUUCUGAGGAAUUGUCAGCAAAUAGUACUGAAACAAAUCCGGAAAAUAAUGUGGGAGCUAACAUGCAAAGCACAUCAGGUAAUGAUUGCGCCAUACCUGGGACGUCAAGGGAUCAGUCGGCAAGAUCUACCGAUUGUGAUAAAGAUCAAGCAUUAAAGCAAAUAAUAGAGUUUUUAGAAAUUCCAAGAUCUUUAUCAGAUCAGGUUCUAAAUACAUCCACUGCCGAACCUACUGAUGCAAAUUCAAUGUCCCAUUCGUCUUCCGUUAACCACCCAAGGCCUGGGACCUCGAGAUCCUCAGAUGAUCAAGAGCAUGGACAAGAGCAAUCAUCGCUUGAAAAUAUGAUGAUGCACAUGAGAAGAAAGGCGGAAGAUAAAUUAAGGGCAAGAUUUAUCCCACUCAUUCAAUCUAGAGUGCCAGAAAAUGAUAGGGAAGUAUUGAUACGAUUAUUCGAGGACAACAUUAGAGAAAGUAGGGAAAGAGCUAGGCUCAGAUAUAGGAAUAUGGGUCAAAUACUUAAUAGACAACCCAGUCGAGAACCUAUUUUCACAUCUUCGGACUCUUCUAGUUCAGAGGAUGAAAGAAAUCCUUUGCAUAUGAAUUUUCAUGUUCGAACCCGUUCUGAUAUUAAUGCGUCCUCAAGAACCCCAGAGAGUCAAACGGGUGCUAACACAAAUAUCCAAAGAUCACGUGGAAACCCAUUUCCUAGUGGCAACAAUAGCUACCAAAAUAUCAAUAAUUUGGAAAGCUGGGUGACAAGUCUCUUUGACGAUGUUGAUUCUUCAGGGGCCAAUACUAACGAAAUGAAUGCUGAUGCGUCUAAUCUUAGAUCAUCAGAACAUUACCACAGUUUUUCUGACUUAACUAGAAGGAUAACAUCGCCAACGCCGUCGACGAAUUUUAAUUUUUCAACAAAUUAUAGCAGCUCAAGUUCACAAGACACUCCACCAAAUCCAGCUGGGAGCACUAGUACUGGAACCACAAACUCAACUAUCUAUUCUCAAGCUAGAAGAGAAAGAAGAAUGCAUGAUAGCAUAUCUGCUUUUACUCCAGCAAGAAGAACGACAGAACAAUCCAGAGAAGUUAGAACGACCCCUAGAAUGGCUGUACGUUCUGAAGGAGUAGGUAGUCGUACUCCAGAUCGUGUAUAUCGUCGACGUGCUGAUCCAGUAGGUACUACUAGGUCCAGUCGAACUCCUGCUCCAGUUGUAGUUAGCACCUUUGGCAGGGAUGAAGUUAUACAUUUUUCAGAACUCCCCAACUCCGAAGAUGAUCCUUUUCUCACAUCGGAAAGAUCUGAACCUAACCCUACUGACAGAUUUCAUCCUUUCAAUCCUCCUCCAAACCUCCCCACCAUCGAUCCAGAAAAUAUAGGAAUUGGCAAUAUGUAUAGUAACAUAGUUCAAGAUCUGGAGACAAGUUUGAACAAUGCCAGAGACAUAAGAACUGUUGAUCGCCCAGGUGAAAUGUCGAAUAUGUUGAGCAAUUUUUCCAAUAGACUCGAACACCUAAUGAAUCAGUCCGAAGGGAUUUUGAGGAAUUUAAGAACGUCUGUGGAAGUGUUGCCUGAGAAUGAGCCUCUUGACUACGGAGAAGAUGCACCUGUUCCUACGGCUAGUUUCAAUGACUCUUCGUUUUUCGUUAGAGACCAAAGAACAGAGAGCAGUGGUUUAGAAGGAAACGCUAAUACAACAGGGUAUGAUAUCCGUCAAAAUAACGCCACAUCAGAUCACACUUACCCAAGAAACUCAGAUUCUCCCGGUCCAUCUUCCAAUUUGAAUGAAAGUAUGUCACCACUGAUGAAUUCUCUUCAUCUAACACUGUCUCAUAUUCAAAGUCAAUCCAGAUUGCUUCAUAGGCAAGUUGAGUCUAUCGAAAAAAUUGAUAGGGCAAUGGUAGAAGUGUCGCAGCUUCAGUUGAUGAGGUUAUUGCUGGCUGAACUAUCAACAUAUGUGAGAAGUAGAUCAGGAGAAAGUAGGAGCACUAGUAUGUCCAGUGUACGCCAGAUGAUGGCUGGUACAAGAAUAAGCGAUUCAAAUCCUUUAGAUGUACAAAACAAUGCAGAUACCAACAAUCCUACGCCAUCAUGUGAUCCAGAACCAGGUACUUCAACCAGUGAAGGAAACUCCAGUCAAGGUUCUGCUAGAAGCAGAGGAUCACCUCGCAAAACUUACCCCCCUUCCCGUUUGAACAGACCUAGAGAAUCCGGAGGUUCAAGACCUGUUAGGAAUACAAGAAGUACAAGUUCCUCAUCUACCUCUUUUCCAUCUAUACAUACAUUCUCCGAAAUAAAUGUAUUCACUUUGAUCAGAAUGGAUAGAAGACUCCAGUCGUUGAUAGAUGACCAUUCAAGAUUCUCACAUUAUCCGGAUUUCUUGUCAGCAAAUCCAAGGAGAGUUGUUCAUGAAGUGGGGGAACACCAUCUGGCUCUAAGGUUGAGAGAGAGCAUCGCUAGAACUAACAGAUUGAUAGGAAAUAUUUUUAACGCUAACGUGGUCAGAAAUUAUAGAAUUGAUUCUUCUACUUCGAUGAGGCAUGGGAUUGAAAGGUUUUAUGAAAGAAACAUAUUGAGUUUCAUUAUAGAUGGAAUAAGUUCUCACUUAGAUCAAAAUGGAGGUGUUUUAAUGUCAUCGGAAAUGAGAACCCGAAUGCAGCACGUUUUACAGCUUGCCAUGAUGAUCUCAGAUUUGCUGUUGCUGUAUACAAUCAACUCUUUAGCACCUACUACAGAUGUUAAUCUAGAGUGUGAGAGACGAAUACUAGCUACAAGGAUUUCUGAAACAUGUUCAACUAUGAUACGUUGUAGGCAGUACAGAAAUUAUUGCAACAAUUUCGUUCAAAGUUUACGAACUUUACGUCUUAUGGUCAGCGCAUACUCUUCCAAUUUUCAAUCAAAUUUGGCGAACUCUCCUAGAGGUUAUGUUCGUCCUCAGGCUUUUCGUUCCGGAUCAAUAUCUAGACAAUUUGUGCAUUUGACAAGGUCUGCUAAUAACGAAUCAUCUACUGCGAGAAGUGCUACAUCAACUACGCCUCAAACUCCGGAAAGAACAAAUAGGGAUAGUAGUAGGCAAACAAUGGUUAGAGAACGCAGCAGUGCAUCUUCUAAUAAUAGUCCACUUAUUAAUGCAUGUGUUUACCUGGCUAGAAGACAAAGAACACAGGCAGAUACCAAUACAUCUACCGCAUCAAGCUCCCAACAAAGUAGACAGGCCGGGAGCAGUUCAUCUAUGGGAAAUACAGCAAGCACUAGCAGUCCACUAAUCAAUGCUUGUCUUUAUCUGAAUAGAAGACAGAGGCUGCAGGAGUCAACACAAACAUCGCAAAAUUCUGACACUAACCCUACACAAAGCGAUAAUACUAAUCCGCGCACUAGACGAAGAAAUUCAACAGAUCAACUCAUCAAUGCUUAUCUGACAGCGGGAAGAAAUAGAACCCUGAGUCCAACCGCUUCGAACCGAAAUGAAGAAAUACGGUCUCCACAAAAUGUUGACGGAAUUUCAUCAUCAGAAGAUAGGGCAAACCGUAGUUAUGGUUUCAAUCCGUAUCGUGACAUAGCACUAAUAACACACAGGUCUGAUGCUUCUCCUCUCGAUCCAACGGCUCGUUCGCAUAAUCCAAGAAACCUGCUGUCACUUCGGACAGGUCGUGGUCGAUCGCCAACCAGUGAUUCUAGAAACCCCUUCCCAGCAGAUACUAAUCGGACAGUGAAUUCAAACUCUGAGCCCAAUAGCAGGAGUUCAGAAAGAGAUCGAAAUGCAGAACGAAAUAGCAGAAGUUCGGAAAGUGCAGAACCUCAGGCGAGUGGAUCCACUCCGGGAACUGGCCCAUGGAGGGAAAGUAAUCUCGAUCAUAUUGCUUCUCCGGAAGAUAGAAGUUCAUAUGGUUCUCCUCUAAGUAGAGCUUUAAGGGGGUUAUCCACCCAGAUGGCUUCCUAUUUAAGAUCACGUGCAACCACAUCAAACAGUUCUGAUCCUUUGGAAAGUGCAAGGCAAUGGAGGAUACCAACGGUUCAAGUGAAUGAUGUUUCAGUUGCAGAUAUGGGUCCUUCAGUGGAUAAUUCUGAAUCAGAUAACAAUCCUACUUCAGGAGCAAGUAGUAGCUCUUCUUAUCCUCGAAUAAUGCGAAGGCUUGCUCUUAGAUCAGUAUCUGUAUAUAACCCAAUGGGUGUUCUAAGACCAAGACUUCUGCAUCCCUUAUAUGCAACUCUGAAUCCGUUCGAUGCCGACUUAGAACAGAGGGAACACAUUUAUGACAGUGAUGUUAUUUCUACAGUUACUCCAAAUCAUAGGAUCCAAGUGUGGGAUAUUUCAGAUUCAAUCAUACCUGAGAUUCACGAUCCAUUAAAGAAUUUAGUUGUCCGAGAAUGUAAAAUACAUAAUGACGCCAGUGUUGACAUAGCAUCAGAUGGGUCUAUACUUGUCACCCUAUUGCCAUCUGGUGGAUAUCUAAAUAUAACCAAUAGAUUGGGCGUCUAUAGUUUAAGGUGGGAAACUUUGGGACAAUGCUUAUAUACUACUAGUUUUGUUCAUAAUGCAGUAUCUGUGUCAUUAUCGCCAUUGGGUAGACAUCUUGUAGUAGGUUUAGCAUCCCGUAGAGUUUCUAUAUUGCCUAACGAUAGAUGGAUGAUGGCGUCAAUCUUCAAAAUUGAGGAGAAAGAUACACCCGGUGAUCAUUUACCUUUUGUGAGACAAAUUGACAGAGGUACAGACGAGCGUGCUACAAGUCAUAAGAGUGUUAAUUGUAUUCGUUGGCUACCCAUCUCAGGUCAAGGACUGAUAUAUGCAACAAAUACAGGACAGCUUAACAUUUGGACCUAAAAUUUCAAUCAAUAAUUUUAGAAGAGCUAUCACUCAGUGUUGAAAUUUAUUGUUUUAAGACUAAAAAAAAUGUUUAUAUUAUAUUUUAUUGUACAGUUGGUCUUCAAUGAUUCAGUUCGAUCAUUUCGAACACGGACUCUUAUAAUUACCAUUUUCUUUCUUUGUUUUCGUUGAGUAUUACCCAGGGACAUGAAAACUUUUCUAAUUAUGUAUUUUUGUGCUGUUAAAUGGAGAAAUAUCAAAUUUUCGAUGCAGUUGAUUAACAUUUUAUUUGACAUGUUAAAUUUUUUUACGCAAUCGGGGGCAUACUGGAGAUCCUAUAUGUAGUAUAUAUAUUUAUGUAUUUAAAAACAAUGUAAUUUCUGUGUUGAUAAAAAACUGAAUAUCCAUCUGUACACAUCACUUAAGAAACGGAUUUCAGUUAUUUAUUUCCAAUAAUAAAAAAUGGAGUGUAAAGUUGCCAUUCAAUAAAUGCGUAUAUUACA